UUCUAAAAACGGCAGCGUUAAUGACCGUUCGUUCUUCCUGGACAAAAACUGGCACAUACAUCUCCUUUUUCUCCGCUCGAAGCCCAGGGUUUUGCACUGUUUCCCCCUCCUUUUAUCACCAGGGUUUUAGGUUUUAGCCUUCUCGUUCGGAAAAAAUGGAGUCAGUUGCUAAACUGCACUGCCGUCACCAACCCUUUAAUCUCUCACUCAAUCCCCACCGCCCAUCAUUUCCAAAACCCAUCAUUUCCCUCUCCUUCAAAACCCCACCUCCCUCAUCCUCGUCACCCUUCAAACUCUCCUCUACCUCCAUCAGAGCCUCCUCCUCCUCCUCCUCCCGCAUCACCCCACUCAAUAAAAACCUUGGCACCAUCAUCAAAACCACUUCAAUCACUCUCACCGCGGCAGCCGCUUUAUUCUUCACUCGCCUCAAUAUCAAACCAGCAAUCGCCUCCCCUCUUACCGCGUCAUCCACAGUAGACCCCACACAGGAAUCUUCGAAAGAAAAUGUUUCGUACGAAGAACAAGAGAGAGUUCUUCAAGAUUAUCUGUCUCAAAACCCCAAUGAUAUUGAAGCUCUACGGUCUCUCAUGGAGGUGAGGAUCAAAUCAAAGAAACUUCUUGAAGCAAUUGAAGUUGUUGAUCGAUUAAUCGAGCUGGAGCCAAAUGAAGAUGAAUGGCCAUUGUUGAAAUCACAAAUUUACACUUACAGUGGAGAUUUUGAGUCUGCUAAAGAUGGGUUUGAAGCGAUUUUACAAAAAGAUCCACUUCGCGUGGAGGCUUAUCAUGGCCUUGUAAUGGCGAAUUCGGAAUCCGGUGGUUCCUUGGAAGUUGUGUUGAAAAGAAUAGAGAGUGCAAUGGAUAAAUGUAAAAAAGAAAAGAAGACUUCGGAUUUGCGGGAUUUUAAGUUGUUGGUUGCGCAAGUUAGAGUAAUGGAGGAGAAGUAUCUUGAUGCAUUGAAGGUUUAUGAGGAGUUGGUGAAAGAGGAACCGAGGGAUUUUAGGCCGUAUUUGUGUCAAGGGAUCAUUUAUACUUUGUUGAGGAAGAAAGAUGAAGCAGAGAAAAAGUUUGAGCAGUUUAAAAAGCUUGUUCCGAAGAAUCAUCCUUAUAGGGAGUACUUGGUUGAUAAUAUGUUUGCCACUAAGUUCUUUUCGGACAAGGUAGAGAGAGAGAGGAGUUGAGGGGUGUGGCUUUAUGCGAUGAGGAUGAGGAUAAUGACAAGGUUGCAACUUAUUUCUUAUUGCUUUUAGUUUGAUUUUGGUUUGGAUUUUGUUAAAUGAAUUGGAUAGUGGUUAGUUAAGAUUUUAAUUGCCAUGCUGAUAGGAGGAAGUGUCCAUGAAUGACUAUCAGUCUCAAAAUGUUUCUAAUUUAAAAAUGAAGAUGAUAAUGCAUAUGCUAGUUAUUUGGGGAAGAA